AUGCCCUCCCGCAGCGAUUCCAGCUACUCCUUAACUGGCCGGACUUCGCACAGUUUUACACACUUGCGUGUCCGGAGGGCUUGGCUGCAAAUUAUCCUCCUUUUGGGCUUCAUCCAGAUGAUCUUAGGAGUCCUCAUCGUGACGUUGAGUUUGCUGGUUACCACUUCCAUCCCGUCGCAGCAUCCCAUAGGAAACUCCUGUCCCAUCUGGGCCGGUUUUCCGGUGGCUGCCACUCUCAACAACCUGGCCGUGUUGUACGGGAAACGAGGAAAAUAUAAAGAGGCCGAACCUCUGUGCAAGAGGGCGCUGGAGAUUCGCGAGAAGGUGCUCGGAAAGUAUCACCCCGACGUAGCCAAACAGCUCAACAACCUGGCCCUCCUUUGCCAAAACCAGGGGAAGUACGAGGAAGUCCAGUACUAUUACCAGCGGGCCCUGGAGAUCUACGAAUCGCGCCUGGGCUCCGACAAUCCAAACGUAGCCAAGACCAAGAACAACCUGGCUUCUUCGUACAUCAAGCAAGGGAAAUACAAGGAAGCCGAGACUCUCUACAAGGAGAUCCUCACCCAGGCGCACGAGAGGGAAUUCGGAUCGGUCAACGGUGACAACAAACCCAUCUGGAUGCAUGCGGAGGAACGGGAAGAAUGUAAGGAUAAGUACCGAGAAAACAGCGCCCCGUACAGAGAAUACGGCAGCUGGUAUAAAGCCUGCAAGGUCGACAGCCUGACCGUCAACGCCACCUUAAAAAGUUUGGGGUCUCUGUAUCGGCGCCAAGGCAAAGUGGAAGCCGCCGAGACGCUGGAAGAAUGUGCGCAAAAAUCGCGCAAACAGGGCAUGGAUGCUUUCAACCAGAGCAAAAUCGUGGAGCUCCUAAAGGACGGGAACCGUGCCGAACAGCGAUCCAACCGCGACGGGACUCCCGGCAACCGGAAGUCCGAGAACGAGAAUGAGUCAGAAGAAGGAGUAGCCGAAUGGUCUGGGGUGGGCUCUGGAACUCUGCGCCGCAGCGGCUCUUUCGGGAAGCUGCGAGACGCUUUGCGACGGAGCAGCGAGAUGCUGGUUAAGAAGCUUCAAGGGAGCAGCCCCCAAGAACCGAGGAAUCCCGGGAUUAAAAGGGCCAGUUCGCUCAACUUCCUGAACAAAAGCGUAGAAGAGGAACCGAGCCAGGGCUCCGGCAACCUCUGCGACAGCCGAGGCUUAAGCGCCAGCAACGUCGACCUGCCCCGCCGAAGGUCCCUGAUGGCGUGAUUCCCCCCCGUGGCUCGGGCUGGGUUGGAGUGCCCGGGGGAGGCCUGGAAAUCCGGACCACGCCAGGGCUGCUCCUAGCUUCUGCCUGGGACCUCAUCCUCCCUGAAUUCCCCAUCCUGCCAGCACAGAGCUCCCACCAUUUGCAGCUCCGAGGCAGAGCGGUAUCUCACUUUCCCCUUCACGGGCUCCGCCGGCGCCCCACAAGUACGCCAUCGCCCCCACAUCCAAGGUCUUCCUCUCCCCUCCACCCACCCCGAGCAUGUUGCCACCGCAGCUCUCAUCCUCGGCCCUGGCUACCAAGUGCCACUUCGACCACUCACCUCUAAGUCCAGAUUAAGGCAGGAUAUCUUGAUACAUUGCCAUGACACACCGUAAACUGCAUCUUGUUGCGGGGGGACGACGGACCCCUAAAGCUGCAUGAUUUGUCAAGGCCUCUUCUCGGGAAAGUGGUGGGAAAGUAGCAAAAUAAUAAUAACAAUAAUAAUAUAAUUUCCUGGGGUUCCGUUCUGCGUUCCUUUCUUGCCAAAACGGGGUCGAAAACUAGCAAGGUCAGUUUUGAAUCCACCUUCAUUUGAAAGAAUAAUUACGCUUAGUAAUUCAAGCACUUGAAUGGCUCUCUUCCCAGUGGAUCCUUUCUGUGUAGGAUCUGUUGUGCCCAGCCUCAGGGAGAGAGAGAGAGAGAGAGAUCCCAAGCCAGCCCCUCCUCUCUCUUGAAAUCUCAUCUCUCUUCUCCUCAAUCUGCACUGGAUUUUUUAAAAUUAUUUUGUAUUUUUAGGGGGACUGCCUGGAUUACGAUGCAUCGCUCCUGCGGCCUCUUUAAUUCAGGGGCUCGCUUACCGACGGAAUGACCCCCGGUGUCCAUGCAAAUAUUCCUAUCUCGUUCUUCUCCGCUCCUCUCUUUUUUCUCCCCUCCAAAUUUGGGCGCAGGAGGCAUCUCGCCUGAGCGAGAUGGAUUAUUAAUCGUAUUCCCACUGGCCCUCAUCUUAAGAGAGCCAGUGGGAAUCGUAGAUAACCCCCCACUGUAGAUAACCCCCCAUCUUCCUCCCCUGCUUGGGAACGAUGCAUAGGGAGAGACAACUGGGCCAGCCAGAAGCAGUAUUUGCGGGUUCGGCGAACCAGUUAAAAAUUUCUGCAACCGGUUCGUACAAACCGUUACGAACCGGCUGAAUCCUUUCACCCAGCGAUUAUCGCCUCUUCUCUGCCGUGAUUCUUUGCACCCCUUCUUAGCAAGAUAAACGGGCCCUUUCUUCUCUCCCCCCCCCCCCCAGCGUUGCUUGGGCAUCCAUUCAAUUAAAAAUCAUCAUAAUCACAAUAAAUAAACAGCUAAGGAUUUAAGCCAAAGGGGUAGAACACUGGGUUUGAGCAGAAAACCCGAUCCACUCCCCCUAUUCUUGCCUCCUCUCUUUUCUCUUCCUUCUGCUGCUUCUAGAGAUGGAGAACACUUCCAAACGGCGCAUUUAUAUCAGAUGCCAUUUCUCCAUUCCUGAUGCAUCCCUGGGAGUGGAGUGGGGGGCUGAUGUAGGGGAGAAAACCACCUCUUUUUUGGGGGGGGGGAUUAUUGCAAACGCAGGAAGCUUGUCUCCUGCUUCAAAUUCUGCUUUCAACCUUUGCGGCAAAAAAAAUUGCUAUUUUGCAAAAGAUCCCACUUAACUUAAGUCCCUCGCUCUAUUGCAAGCCCGUAGGGAGGACGGGCCUGUAAUUUUUGAGUUUGUUUUUUAUUCCUCCCUCUCCCCCCCCUCGCCGUUUCACAGGAUUUCAAAACGGGCAGGACCCCGGUAACUUAUAUCCCCUUAAAUCUUGCGUGCGUGUUCGCGGGCACUUGGAGGGGGCUCUUGCAUACGGAGAAGAGGUUAACGGUUAUGUCGGAGGGGGUGAAACGAAAGGAAAGAGAAUUGUGCUUUGUAUUUAAUUAUGUUGCUCUAGAAAUAAAAAUAAGAGGAAUAUUC